AUGGCAGAGAAGGAUCAAAUUACCUUCCGCACCGCCGUCCCCGAUGACUAUAGAGACGGAUACAUUGGCAAAAAUGCGUUUUGGUACGACGAAGACUUGGGCGACUGCGUGCUUGGUAGUACAGCAUUUUUAUGUCCGAUGGAUGAGGUUGAGGGCAUAACGGUCACAGAUAUAACGGUGUUCAAUGUUACAAACGUCGACAGCAUAUACCUUAACAGCAGCUUCCCCGUGACAAUUCAUCGGAUCGAAGAAUACGUUCGGGACAAGAAAGUCGAAGAUCGGUUCAUUAUUGAGGAAACAAUGGGUUUGUCCCAGUGUCCCAAGUAUAAACAAACAAGAUUGGUUUGGAAAUUCCCCGGGACCGUGGCGCAAAGGGCUGCUGUAAGUGGCUCUUUACUUGCUUGA